GAAUGUUAGCGGAUUUUCUGUAGAAGAAGAAGAAGCGAACUAAUGACGACUUCGAAUGUGGAGGUUCCUUCAGCUGUCGCUUCUCCCACUACGGCUUCUGUUGAUGUCUCCAUGUUCGAGUAUACACCUUCGUACUGUGAGGAGAAUGUUUACCUUCUUUGCAAGAAACUAAGCAUGAUUGGAGUGGCAGAUGCAGAAGGGUCUGAUCUUUUUGUUGUAUUCAUUUCGAAUGAGAACAGGCAUGUUCCACUGUGGCAUCAGAAAGCUAGCUCAAGAGCUGAUGGAGUUAUUCUCUGGGAUUACCAUGUCAUCUGCAUCCAGAAAAAUAGGGAAGGCAAGGAUCCUUAUCAGGUGUGGGAUCUGGAUUCAACUCUUCCUUUUCCUGCUCCCUUAGCCCACUAUGUGUCAGAAGCUGUUCGGCCAUCAUUUCAGCUGUAUCCUGAGUAUCAGAGGCUAUUUCGGGUGGUGCAUGCUCCACUUUUUCUUCGGUUCUUUGCAUCUGAUAGGAGACACAUGAAGGAUUCUGUUGGAAAUUGGAUAUCUCAACCUCCUACUUAUGAAAAUCUAGUUGCUGAAGAUGGAAUUGUGCACAACCUGGAUGAGUACAUUCGUGUCAGUGCUGCAGAUAUGGUCUCAGAUAUCAGAGAUGAUUCAAUCAGUGCACUGUUAUCCCAAAAAUUUGGCUUGGUAGUAAAUGAAAGUCAAUUAGAGAGCUUCUUUACCCACAUUUGUUGAUAAUUGAUAGCAACCACCUGAAUGGAGCAAAUCUUUAUAUCCCCCGCCCCCCACCCACCUUGAUAUAG